AUGGGUCAGUCUGGAGAUAACAGCGAAAGCUCCACCUCUGACCCACUUUCAGAUCCCAUCGCAUUAUCCCGGCAAGUACCACCAACACCAAAGAAUUGUCAGUGCAGACUGAAUAUGAUGAUGAACAUCCCCAAGCUUGAUUGUGCGAUCCAAGAAAUUCCAAAGCCCCAGCUGGACAAGAUGUUCAAGGUCACGGGUGAUGUCAUUCGUAGCUGUCAAGAAUCGACGCGCUGUGGCUGUUAUGUGGGACCCGUUGACCUAGUUUGCAUUAUGACUGUCUUCGAGCAGACGGCUGCUUGCUUCGAUUAUAUUGCAAAGUCUGGCUUCGACGGGACUGUCAAGGUGGGAAUUGGCAAUUAUUGCGUGUCAAUGAUUGACGAUGCCUCAUUGAAACGAAUGCUUGUUCUAGACUUGGUCAAACAGGCCAAUGAACUAUUGGACUCAGUCAGCGAGAUCGCACAAAAUAUGUUGGUGGCGCAGAAUGAGCCUGGCGUCAAACGCAUGGGUCGAUCACCUGCCUGUUUGAAUCAACUUAACAUGGAUUAUGUACGGCAAGCAAUUGACAGCUUUAAGAAGCUGUUUCGUUUGAUUACCAAUUUCUUUGGCGAGAAGGAUCCAAAGUCAUAA